AUUUUCUUUAUGAGUCAAAGUAGUUAGCAAAGAGUUUUUAUGAAUCGAUUUGUUGUCAAAAAAAAGAUUUCAUCUGGAGCCUUUGGAGUGGUCUUUUUAGUCUUUGAUAAAUAAACAAAUUAAGAUGCUGCAUUGAAAUUGGAGAAAGAAGAUAAUGAAGAAAUGAGAUCUUUGGAAAGAGAAGUAGAAAUAUUGAAAUAAUUAAAUGAUGCUGAAGGUACUCCUAAAUUAAUUUGGUAUGGAAAUGAAAGUGAAUUUAAUAUAAUGGUUAUAUAAUUGUUAGGGAGAGAUUUAGCAUAUUAUUUUAGAUAGCAAAAGAAAUUCAGUUUAAAAUGUACUAUUCAAAUUGCUCAUGAUUGUGUAAAUAUUUUAAGAAAUAUACAUAAUAAAAAUGUAGUUCAUAGAGAUCUUAAACCAGAAAAUAUAUUGAUGUCAAAAGAUAAUGAUGGUAUCUAUAUUGUUGAUUUUGGAAUUAGUAAAAUAUAUAGUAUUUAAGGAGAACAUAUGUAAUAUUUAAUUUUAUUAAUAAAUAGGCCUUUUCGAAGUGAUAAAACUUUUAUGGGAACUCCUAGAUAUGCAUCACUUGCUGCACAUUUAGGACAUGAAAUAUCUAGAAAAGAUGAUUUAGAGUCUCUUUUUUAUGUAAUUUUAUAUUUUCUUCGUGGCAGUUUACCAUGGUAAAAUUUACCAGUGUCAGAAAAUGAAAGAACAAAAGCUGUUGGAGAUAUUAAAUAAAAUAUAGAUUUAAAUGAUUUAUGCAUUAAUCAACCUCGUGAGUUUGUCGAAAUUCUAUAAUAUUUAAAAUCUUUAAAUUUCUUAGAUUAACCUAAUUAUUAGUAUAUUUUAUAGCUACUAAAUUAAAUUGCAGAAAAUAAUUAAUUUCUAUUAGAUGGAAUUUAUGAUUGGACUGAAGGUUUAAUGAAAUCAACUAAAAAAUUCAGUUCUUUAGAAUCUAAAAAGUCUUAUGAAUUCAACAAAAUUAAAGAACUCUCUCCUGGAAAUUUAAUGAAAAGUUCUUCAAAAUUAUCAUAGUAAAUCAUUUGGACAGUUAAUGACUAAUAGCAUCCACAAGUUGCGUAUAUUUUAAUUAAAUCUAGUCCCUCUUCUUAGCAUCACCUUUUAUUACCCCCUGAUCCAAAUAAAAAACCAGGAUAAAGAACAGAUUUUAGACAUCUAUCUAAUUCAUCAUCAAAUUCUAAUGUUGGAACUUUCAGUUCUAUGAAAAUUAAAUAUUUACCUUCUCAAAUUGAAAUCGAAAAACCAACUUUUCUUCCUAAUUGGAAUAAAACUGAUAGAUAAUAAGAAUCUUAAUAUUAAGAUUUAAUGGAUGAAAACAAUUUUGAAGUGCCUUUAAAUUACAAAUACAAAAAUUUCAUCUAAACUUAAGCAUUCGAGUAAAUCUUCAAUAAUAUUUUAGUCAUCAUUAUAAAAAAUUCAAUAAAUUCCUAGAAACCACUAAUUGA